AACUUAGACUCGGCUACAUUUACUAAAAAAAAUGCUGUUUAGCCACGGUUAUUUGGCUAACAUAAGCGCGGUUUUUUCCAUUGGUUCUCCCUCGUGUUUCGCUUACCAUUCCCAAUAUUUCAUUUUCCCUCCUCAAUAUUUCCACGCUCUGAAUUUCGUGAAUCGCUCUUCAUCGCCGAGAAGAAAAUCGCAGAAUUUUUCAUCGUCGAGAAUCACAAAUCACUCUUCAUCAUCUUCAAGAAUCAACAAUCGCUCCUCAUCUUCGAGAAUAACCAGAUUGCUCUUCAAGGUUCAUCAACAAUUUUCACUGAAAUUGUCCCAUCUUAGUUUUGGAUUUCACUCUUCGUCGUUUCAGAUUUCAGUAUUCACCUUGCAAAUGUUGGUGUAGUGAAAUUUGGAAGGAUGCAAGUUGAUGGAGAAAUGGUACUGGUUUCAUAAGUAGUUAAAUCAUCUCAGCAAUUUCUGGGCAUUUGAAGCCCAUGGUGUUCAACCUGACAUAGUAACAAUGGCAAAGGGUAUUGGAAAUGACAUUCCUCUUGGUGCUGUUGUAACUACUCCUGAGAUUGCAAAGGUCUUGACUCGCCAACGUUACUACUCAUGUGGAAAUCCGGUCUGUACAGCUGCAGGAUGGGCUGUUUUAAAAGUAAUAGAGAAGGAAAAGCUUCAAGAAAAUGCAUUUGUAGUGAGGUCCCAUUUAAAAGAGAGGCUUAAAGCGCUCAAGGACAAAUAUGAUGAAGUAAUUAGUGAUGUGAGAGGACAAAGGUUUCGUGCUUCCUCAUAGACUAAGUCGUUCUGGAUUUCCUGCAGUCAAUUCCCUGCAUUCUUUACUUCUAAGGGCUAAGGUUGUGAUAGAAUUUGAACUGAUGUUAAUGUUUCAGUCAGUUCCCUGCAUUCUUAAACAGGUUAUUGUGAAGACCAUGCACAUAGAAGUUAUUGAGUGUCUCCGGAAGACCAACCUGGUUGUGGUUAAUGCCUUGCAUCAUGUAAUUUUUCUAUAUCAGGUUAACAUGUACUAUUAAAAUGUGCUUAUAGAAAUACAUUUGUUUUUUCUAUAUAGCUUUCAAUCCUA